GCUGGCUAGGGCAUGCAGUUGGUAGGUGAACCGUUCCAUUUAAUACUGUUUCCAGUGUGUAAUCGUAGGCUAAUAAUUAGCCUACGAUCUGGUCGAAACCACUGUCCCGGUAUCGAAUCAAUAGUAUCGCUUCAUUGAUCACAAGCUUCUUAUUGUGAUCUUUUAUAAAUUUUCCUCAUCGAUCGACAGAUCUCACAUUUUAUUUGGUGUUGCGAGCAGAGUGUCGGUGUUCAAUUGUGACAUGUGUGCUAAUCCACAAAGUUGACCCUGUUAGGGGUUCUAUCGUCUGUGCUAAUAAGCCUUAAUAUUCCAGAAGGGCGGAAUAUUGGUCACAUCGGGAAUCGACAAUAAAAAUUGUGAUCAUGAAUCUGAAGUAAUCAAGCAAAAGAUCUACGUUCUGCCUCAUAUGAAUUCAAGUGCGAAUUUAUGAGGAUGGCGACAAGAUAUUUGUUAUUGUUAGCAGAUCGUGGUACAGAAGUCAUCUCAUCGUAGAUCUGCGACAUUUCGAUUAAGGUUCACCUAGUAACUCUAGUCCAACUUUAAUCAAACAUAUAUACCAUAUCAAGAGACAAGUCAAGACCACCAUGUGUCCCCUAUCCCCUCGAAUCUUUGGAGCAGUACAUCGUGAAUCCAAAAUCCGCCACGUUAUUAGGUCUAGACCACCUCUUCAUAGAAAAUUAAUCUUACAGAAUUUGACUCUUUUAUAUCUCUUCAAUCUAGGGUUGAAACCUUUUGCGAAUCGUAAAGAUCUAUCAUCUACUUUUGUGUCUUUAACAAUGGAUGCCCAUCGAAAUAAAAUGGAAUGACAAAUUAUGUUCCAUGAUUAUUAAUAUAUCGACGUUCCUGCUCGAACCUCGAAAUAUUUCUCAACAUAUUUCCCAUGUCUUCACCGAUAGCAUCCUUACCCGCACCGGAGGGUUAUAUCGUGAACUUUGACAAUCCAGUAAGAUAUGAAAACAUAACUGGAUAUUGGGUUUUUGGCGUCGGGAUCAUAUUGAGCUUUUCGUUUUUGUGCAUGAGGAUUUAUACAAAAGCGGUUGUUUCGAGGAGUUUUGCUGCUGAGGAUGUCUGUUUGAUUUUGGCCUGGCUUGCGGGACUCAGUGUACAAGCACUUUUUGUUUUCAUGUGGGUUCACAAAGCCAUGGGAGUACACGCGUGGGAAAUUCCCAUCGAACGAUAUCACUUAUACGGAAAACUGAUCAUGAGCUCUUCGGUCAUCUAUGUGGCCUGUCUCGGAUUAUCCAAAUUUUCGCUCCUGCUCUUCUACAACCGUUUAUCACCCGUUCAAUGGUUUCGCAACGCCGUUUACUUCCUCAUGUUUGUAGUUGUGGGCCAUAGUUUCGCUCUCAUCUUUGCGCUUAUCUUCCUGUGCAAACCAUUGGCUAUGAAUUGGGAUUAUGAUAUUCUAGAUGGGACGUGUAUUGAUCGAACUGCGAUAUACAUAGCGACGGCUGCUCUGAAUGUCGCUACGGAUAUUGCACUCCUUGCUCUGGUCGUUCCGACGAUUGUGGAUUUGCAAAUGCCGAGGAUUCAGAAAGUGGGCUUGAUUGUGAUUUUUCUGGUUGGGUCGCUAACGUGUGUGACGAGUAUGAUACGUUUGAAGAUCAUGUUGCCUCUUCUCGUAGCAAUGGAUCAGACAUGGGCUGUUUCGGUUCCUUGCAUAUGGAUUAUCGUAGAAGCCAACCUCGUUACCAUCUGCGGCUCCUUCCCGAUCAUCCGACAGUUCGCCAAACACGUUGCGCCGGGCUGGAUAGGCGAAACCACGUGCGAUUCUCUCGAGCACUCGGGCUCUCGUCUCGUUGAUCUCGAAACGAUAGGGCAGAAAUCGUCCAAGAAGAAGAAGUUUAGAUAUGGCAUCGAGUCGUUGGAUGAUGAUGUUUUCGAUUUGAAGCUGGAUGGGAGGUGUGUGGAACAUAGGGUGGAGAUCACAGCUAUUGGGAGAGCCUUAACGAGAGAGAGAAGUAUUGGGGAUUUGGAGGAUUAUGGCAUUGAACCGCAUGCAAGAUAGAGAUUGGUAUUUACUAAUAUGGCGUUUUGGGAAAGAGAUAAAUUAUAGGAGAUAGAUAUACAUUACUGAUGAAUUCAAUAAUUGGGCUGAGUUAUGGAUGCACAUGGAUUUUGUUU